AUGCCGAACCCAAACGGAAAUGUGCCACAAUAUAUGGCCCAACUUCUGGAAGAGCUGGGAUGGAAUCAAGGAACUAGAAUUCCUUUAGCCAACCCUGACAAUCAAAAUUUGGAGACCCUCCUAAUUGAUAGGCAAAAUGAGAUACAGCGCUUGAAAGAAGCUCUCAUUUUACAAAAUCAAAAACAAGAUGAUCUUAACAAAUACAAACACCAUGUUCAAUCAGAAUAUCAGGAAAAUACGCGUUUAUUAUUUGCACACAAGCAGCAGUUGGAGCAAGAGGUGAAAUUGCGACAACUCUCAUGCAAUGAGGCUGACAGACUUGAUAGAGAUGUAAAUGACUUUAAUAAACAGGAUAAUACUAUAACAACAAGAAUUGAUAAGCUUCAAAGUGGUAUCGCCAAAUUACUAAAGAAGGCUGACACUCUCAAGAGUGAGGUGUGUGGUGAGCGUGGAGCUUUGCAGGAAUGGAGAGCCGCCCUCGAAAGAAGUGCCGACGACAUCACAGCUAUAGAACAGUUUACUAAACAAGACCUGUCUAAAGCCAAAGCACUGGAGACAAAAAGACAGAAGCUCAAAAUGGAGCAUGACCAUAUGCAAGAACGUCUCAAUCAACUUGUUUCCAAUCUCAAUGCAGAAGAGAGGGCUUGUGAAAGAAUAUCUGUUCAGGUGAUGGAAGGUAUGGAACAAAGAAAACAAAUGAUGAAUAUGUGGGCCGGUGCUGUAGAGAAUCUACGCCAACGAGAUACAGACAUAAGACACAUUAGAGAGGACUAUGCUGUAUUAGAAGCAGAGGCAAACAAUCUCACCGAGCAGUGCCGCUUGCAGCAGACAUUCUGUCAACAGCAACAGGGACAUAAUGCUGAUGCUGUUAAAGAGAAUAUGGCCAUAAUGCAAACACUGAGCAACACGCGGAUGGCAUACCAGCAGACUCUUGAAAUGAACACAUCACUAGAUAGUGAGGUCCACAGCUUGCAACGAGAACUCAGCAACUUGAAUAUAGCCCUUGAGAAGCUGCAUAUGGAGAAUAGACAGCUCUUUGAAGACCAACAUAAGAAAGAUGUCGCUCUACAAACACUUUCAACUAAGAUCAAAGAGCUGAAAGAAAAGUUAGCUGAAUCAACAGACAAAUCAAAAUGUUCAGAAAAACGUGCCAAAGAGUUAGAGGAUAUGUUGAAUGAAGAAGAACGUUUUGCGAGUCAGUUAACUGUGAAUCAACAACGGGCUAUGCAUUGCUCGUUUAUAGAACAACAGAAAUUAUUGACUCUGCAGAAUGAGGAGAAGCUGUUUCAUAUGCAACUAAAAGCCUCUAAAGCAAUAAUGAGCAAGUUAGACACGAAACAACGUGGUGUGGAAAGAAAUCUACAGAGUCAGAAGGAAUCUCUCUAUGCUAUUUGUUACCAAGUAGAGACAAUAGGUGCGAGGGUGUCUCACAUGGAAGGUGCUCAGGCUGAGAGAGAGUGUUCGGCUGAAUUAAUGACUAGGGAGAAUAGAUUGAAGGAGGUGUUGUCCCGUCACGGGGCUCGCGUGGCGCUGCUGGAGCGACACUCGGCGAGACUACACGAUGAUAUGAGGAGACUGUCACGAGAAUUGGACCAUAAGGGACUAGAACAUACUAAACUGCAAAGUCGCCUGAAGACGUCGAUGCUGAACGUGUCCGGCGGCGACAAGGAGGUGAAGGCUCGUCGCGAGGCGUGGCGCAGGCUGCGGGUGGAGGAGGCGCUCAUGAGGCUGAGGGUGGCGCACGCGACCCGCGGACUGUACGGCCUGCACGACGCCGCGUACAGCCUCGACGACCAGAGGCUGCAGCUGGAGGCUGCCAUGAACGAGAGACUAGUGGAAAUCGCAGCUCGUCGUGAUAUGUUCGCUGUACAAAGACGAGCUUUGUUAGAGGACUGCGGACGACUGAAGAGUGACAUACGAGAAAGGGAACAAAGAAUAGAGCAGCUGAUCAAGAGAUAUGAAAUAUUCAUCGCGUCCCUGGGUAAGGACGAGUCGGGCCAACAGAUGUCGGUUACAUUCUUCAAGAUUAAGUUCGCAGCGGAGCGUGCGGAGUUACGCGAGCGUGGCGCGGCGCUGGAUGCUGACAUCGGAAGACGAGAGAAAGACAUCUCCGCGCUAGAGGCCACACUGAGGGUCGUGCAUGCAGCACACAGACACUUCUUACAUAACGUGGCGCCACUGGCUGACGAUACCCCGGAAAUGGAGGAAGUGGCAGAUCUCAACACUUCUUACUAUGCCAAGAGGGAUGAACUUAAAAAACUGAAUGCUAGGAUCGCUGAAUCUGAACAAGCUGUCUCAGAGCUAAGUUCCCGUCUGACAAUGCUUAGCGAUAAAUGCAAACAGUUAACAGCUAGAGAAUCAGAUUGUGAGAGUGAGUUGGAGAGUGUAAGAGAUAGAUUGGAGAAACAAGAGAGUCGACUGCUAAAGGCGCAUGAAAUCGUUAAGACGAACGCUCGCAGAGCCAAGAAACUUGUAGAGGGCGCGGACGAUUGGCGAAUAUUUCAGCUAUCGCUGUGGGUACGUAACUACGGCGAGGCGGCGUACAACGCGCUGGUGUCUUUAUCUGAGGCGGUGGGUGGAUCGGACGCCGCGUCUCAGCUGGCCGCCAUGUUGGCCGCGAGGAGGAUACACACGCUACUAGCGCCGCACCAGAGACGACUUGAUACAAUAGUACAGAAAAUGAUAGCAGAUGCCCAAUCGGCAGCGAAGGAACGGCCUGCUGUAGUUGAAGAGAGUGUAUUCUCAUCAUCCGCGACAUCUAGCGGCAGCGGCGUGAGUGUCGCCACCGGACACACAAGACGACUGGCGGCCUUCAGGAGAAUGUUAGCACCGAAAGUACAGGAACACGCGCUACUCAACAAGGAUGAUGUAGUGGCUGGAAUAAGAACUACCGAGGCCAAACAACAUGGGGAUCUCAAUAGUGAGAAGACCAUGUGCCGAUCUGGUGUACUCAUUACCGAGAGCGCAACAUGCACAACAACAUUUCACUUCACUUUGCCAAAUUGGUCUUUCACUAAUUUGAAACAGCAUUAG